AUUGCAUUGACUAGGUCACACAAUGGCGCUCUCGAAAGUGACGGGUAGGAUAACGAAGCUAGUGGAUUGCGGUUCAAAGGCAUCUGCUUUUGUGAUAAAAGAAGCAACACCUAGAUUAAAUAAGUUCAAGGAGUAUGCACGGGUAGAAUUAAGACCACCUACACGUGCCGAUAUAAAGCCAGCGAUGGAACAAGCCAACAAGAUAUUUACUGCUGCAAAAAGCGGUGCUUGGAAAAAUGUUACUGUCAAGGAGGGGUUUAUUAAUGCUUUAGUGACAGCAGAAGUGUUAUGUUGGUUUUUCAUCGGUGAAAUGAUUGGUCGAAGAAGCUUCCUUGGUUAUAGUCGUGUGCCAGGAUACAUUUACGAGGUCAUCACAAGGAGGUGCUCAAACUGAGGUCAAAUAAAACGUGUGGAAUUUAGAUUCUCUCACAAAGUGGUCAACGACUGGAACUCCUUACCUGAUACAGUAGCAUCAGCUCCAUCGGUUUCAAAGAGAAACGGAAUCUCUGCAGAGAUGUAUAUCGUGUGGAUUAACAUAGGCAACAAGAGCCUUCUAUCCUUAUAAUCUGAAUCUGUUAUUACGCUUCAUGUCACGUGUAUUACUGUUUUGACCCUCCGCGAAUCACUGAAAACAUUUGAAAGUGUCUAUAACACCAUUUUCUCAGUCACUUGGAUAUCUUGUAAAAGAAUCAUCAGUUAUCCGACUGUUGUAUAAAUCCCGAUCACCUAAUGCGCUAUAUCC